AUGGACGAUGAUGAUUAUAUUUUAAUGAUGAAUAAUAAAAAUGAGAUCGAGCAACACCAACUUCAACAUCAACUGGCAAAAACAACUCGUAAAUGUUCAUCAAAGCGAAAGUGUAAACAAGAUCAAGUACAACAGAUUAUAUCUUGUGCUGAAUCUCAAAUAUGUCCUCCACUUCAACUACAGUCAACAACUUUAUAUGCUGUACUUACACCUGAAGGUAUUCAUGAACAACCCCAUGAAGAUGUGAUAUUAAAAAAAGACGAUGCAACAGUUGAAGCAGCAUCUUCAUCACCAAUAACGAUUCCAGUUUCUCCAACAACAUCACCAACAAAGAAUGAUGAUAAUGAUGCUAUCAUAUCAUUAGAAUCAUCAAACAACGAUGAAAAUGAAUUAUUCGAAGGAGAUUCAAAUCAUCUUAUGAAUGUACCCGUCAUCAAAGGAGAAAUAACAACGGGUACAUCAACAUGA